CCACCCAGUUGUCUGCUCGCACUUUGUUUCGUGGUAGCAGCACAGUUAAAACACUACAGUAAUCCAGCAUUCAACAUAAGAACUUUAAAUGGAGACAUUAUACAGUGUUCUUGGCUUUGAGUGGAUAGAUGGGAGGAGCAUUUUAAUAUUUCUCUGUGUUUUCCUGCUGUUGAAUAAUAUUUGGAAGAACAGAGUGCCGAAAAACUUUCCACCUGGACCGUGGGCUCUCCCGUUUCUCGGUGACAUUCAUCGCAUCAGACCUGACAGAAUACACCUGCAGUUCAGAGAGUUUGUAGAAAAAUAUGGAGACAUUUUCACCAUCAGAAUCUUUGGUGGAAGAACCGUGGUCAUUAAUAGCUACAAGUUUGUGAAAGAAGCCCUGGUCCAGCAAGGAGACGACUUAAUAGAUCGUCCCACCGUACCACUGUUUGAAGAUUUAUUUGGGAAUGAAGGUCUUGUGAUAGCAAAUGGUUAUCCAUGGAAGCAGCAGAGGAGAUUUGCUCUUCACACACUCAGAAACUUUGGUCUGGGCAAGAAGACCCUGGAGUUAUACAUCCAGCAGGAGUGCCAGUAUCUCUCAGAGGCCUUCACAGAACACCAAGGAAAGCCAUUUAAUGUCCAGCUACUGAUAAAUAAUGCUGUGUCGAAUAUCAUCUGCUGUUUGGUGUUUGGGAAUCGAUUUGAGUACACUGACCGGCAGUACCAGUCCAUUCUUCAUAACUUCAAUGAAGUUAUGCGCUUACAGGGAAGCAUGUCGAUACAGAUGUACAACAUAAUUCCCUGGCUGAUGAAGCGGCUACCUGGAUCUCAUAAGACAAUGUUCACUCUGACACAAGUGAUAAAGGACUUCAUAGAAAUCAGGAUCAGAGAACACAGAGAAACCCUUAACCCAGCAUCACCGAGAGACUAUAUUGAUGCCUUUCUUAUAGAAAUGGCAAAGAACGAGGACAAAGAUUCAAGUUUUUCUCUCAGUAACUUACAUGCUUGCACCAUGGACCUGUUUUUUGCUGGAACUGAAACUACUACCACUACUUUACGUUGGGGGUUGCUUUACAUGAUCUACUACUCUGAUAUACAAGAGAGAGUUCAAGCUGAGAUCGAUGCUGUGGUUGGUUCGUCCAGACAGCCCUCUGUGAGCGACCGAGAAAACAUGCCCUAUACUGACGCUGUUAUUCAUGAGAUUCAGAGAAUGGCCAACAUCAUUCCUCUCAAUGUGCUUCGUAUGACAAACAAGGAAACUACAGUGGAUAAAUACACAAUCCCAAAGGGUACCAUGAUCGUGGCUACCCUGGACUCAGUCUUACACGAUGAGUCAAUGUGGGAAACUCCGCACUCUUUCAACCCUCAACACUUUCUGGACAAGGAUGGUAAAUUUCGCAAGAGAGAUGCUUUCCUUCCAUUUUCUGCAGGCAAGCGUGUGUGUCUUGGAGAACAGCUGGCCAGGAUGGAGUUGUUUUUGUUUUUCACCUCCCUCCUUCAAAGGUUUUCUCUUUCACCACCUGCUGGAGAGCAGCCCAGUCUGGAGUUCGAGUUGGGAGGCACGCGCUGUCCUAAACCUUACCGCCUCUGUGCUGUACCGCGUUAAACCAUCAACUAUGACAAACUGAAAACAUCUGUUUUCCAUUGCAUUAUCUAUACCUGCUAAAUAAUUUCACCUUACUGCAUGAGUAUCUUAUAAUUUGUAUUUUUUCUUCUUCUCACCCUGGAGACCUUUUCACUGAACCAUUCAGUCUACUGUAUUCAACAAGUAAAAGUGUAAAGGUUUAAAAUAUUAAACUACAACUUUUUAAGAGAUCUCAUUCCACUGCCUAUGCAUAGAGUAGAGUUCUCUUUUUUCACCUACGUACCCUACUGCAUAGCUUUCGAUUUCGAAGGUGUUCUGCUAAAAGUGUUAACCCACCUCUUAACUUUCCCAAUUUCUUUAAGAACAUAACAAAUCAGUUUUUAUUCUACAGUAGACUCUCUAUGAUGUUACCUAAUGAGCAGGUUAAUUACCCACAAUCUUAUGUCACUCUUAAAAAAGAAGGGCCUUUAAAAUUCCCAAACUAUUUUGAGAAGUAUAUAAGUGUAUGUUUAUUUGGAUAUCAAAGGGAUGCAGGCAAGCCAUGUAGAAUAGGUGGUGACAGGUUGAUCUUAAUAAUUGUAAUAAAUAAUUUCAAUUAGAAUGAGUGUUUUUAUUUUUCAUUCCACUGCUUGUUAUAAAAUGCACAAUGUCAUAAAUAAAUUGACUUUCUACAUA